AAUCAUGUGCUCCUGUACCCAGUGAUCGUUGCGUGCCAUCUGAUGGUAGUGUUACCCUGGAGUCGUUCCGUUUGCUCAGUGAAGAGGAAGUUCGAGCUCUGGUUAUUGCCUCACCCAAGAAGUACUGUGACUUGGAUCCAAUGCCAAUGCCAUUGGUGAUUGAUUGUCUGGAAUUGUUACUACCUAUAAGUACUCAUCUAGUCAAUAGUUCGCUUAUCAAUGGAUAUUUUCCAACUGAUUGGAAAGAGGCUCUAGUAAAACCCCUUCUAAAAAAACCAGGACUAGUUGCUUUGUUCAACCAUCUGCGUCCGAUCAGUAACUUGCAGUUUAUCUCUAAACUAGUUGAGCGAGCAGUUUAUGAUCAGAUCUAUGACCAUUUGAUGUUGCAUGAUUUAUUCCCGGAGUAUCAGUCCGCAUACAGGCAAGGAUAUAGUACUGAGACCGCCCUUCUGAAGGUCCAAAACGACAUACUUUUGAAUAUAUGGAUUGUCAGCAGGUUACCCUUCUUGUUCUUCUGGACCUUAGUGCAGCGUUCGAUACUGUCGAUCACAGCAUUUUAUUUCACCGAUUGGAAACAUCUUUUGGGAUUACAGGAACUGUGCGAAAGUGGUUUGAAUCCUACCUAUCUGGACGAUGUCAGCGAAUAGCAUUUAAAGAUGGAAUCUCUGACAUUUUUCCAUUAACGUGUGGCGUACCUCAGGGCUCAUGUUUGGGACCGCUGCUUUUUACCAUGUAUGCAAGUAAACUAUUUGAUGUUAUUAAAGAACAUUUACCAACUGCGCAUGCAUAUGCUGAUGACACGCAGCUUUAUUUGUCGUUUAAACCAGGGAACGGUGCGAGUGAGGAAGAGAGUAUCGCAGCGAUGGAGACAUGCAUUAAGGCAGUAC